AUGCUGCUUCAAUGCAGAUGGCUGCUAAUCCGGCACCACAUCCUGCUCCAGUGGCACCUGCAGGUCCCAGCCAACCUCUUACGAUGGUCGCACCAGCAAACGCAUUCUCAGGAGAAGCUGGCCGUUAUCCGUGGUACCGUGUUGCAUUUGCGGGCGGUGUUGACCUUCGUCAUGGACCAAGUGUGGAAGCACCUCGUACGGGAGAAACGCUUUGCCAGAACGCUACGCUCGCAGUCGCAGAAGAAAUUCUUGGUGCUGAUGGACGCGUGUAUCUCCGACUUGCAGAUGGAAGGGGCUGGGCCUUUGACGACUCCGCUCUGUUUCCUCAUGACCCUUCUGUGGUGCGUGGCUACUGGCAACCUGUCUCCGUGGUACCACCUGGCGCAAACGCGGCAGCUGUUGCUGCAGCUGUGGCAAACGCUGGCACUGCUGGCACAGCAGCAGCUGCCAUGCCAGGUGCAGAGGCACCCGGAGCGAACAUGA